AUGAUUGAGUACGGACUAGACAACAAUGAAUGGCUUCAAGGGUUAUAUAAAAUUAGAGAAUCUUGGAUACCAGUUUAUAAUAGAAGCUGUUUUUUUGCUGGGAUGAAUACAAGUCAAAGAAGUGAGAGCAUCAAUGCGUUUUUUGAUUCUUUUGUGAAUGCAUCUACAACAUUGCAAGAAUUUGUGUUGAAAUUUGAAAAGGCGGUUGAUAGCCGCUUAGAAGUAGAAAAAAGAGAGGAUUAUGAAAGUAGGCAUAAAAAACGCAUUUUGGCUACAGGGUCAAAACUUGAGGAGCAUGCUGCGUCUAUUUAUUCGAGAAACAUUUUUGGUAAAUUUCAAGAUGAGAUCAGGAAGAUCUACAAAUUUAAAAAAAAGAAGAUUAGCAAAGAUGGACAUAACUAUGUCUAUCAAGUUUCCAGUAACUACAAUGCUCGAGAUAUGUUUUUCGUUGAUAUAAAUUUGGACGCACAGAUUGCAAAAUGUGGAUGUCAAUUAUAUGAGUUUUUGGGGAUAUUGUGCAGGCAUAUACUAGUAAUUUUUCAAGAAAAAGGUAUCACUCAAAUUCCUGACCAUUUUAUUUUGCAGCGUUGGACUAAAAAUGCUAACAGAAGCAUUGAAGUUUGUGAUACGACGAGUAAUUUUGAUGGUCAAAAUAGCACACCAAAGAUAUUAAGAAGGAUGCAUGCUCAACAAGAAGCAAAGGUAUUACUUGAUUUGGCUGAAGAGUCUGAUGAGAUAUACAAAUUCAUUAUAUCUGAUUUGAGGCGCACUCGUAUGUCAGCCAUUGCAAUGAAGAAAUCAAAUUUAGGUAUCAGUGAUGGAGUUUCUCCUUUGGAAUCUAGCCAAAAUGUCAACCAAAAUUGCUUGUCGGAGGAAGAAAGUGAACUAGAAUUGACUAUUAGAAAUCCACGCAAUGCACAAACAAAAGGGAGAAAGAAGGAUGGACAGAAAAACACUCAAAAUUGUAGAUUCAAGAGUGGAAUUGAACUGUCACAUGCUCAACAAGUAGCAGUCAAAAGAAAAGCAUGUCAUGAGUGUGGUGAAUCUGGUCACAACAGCAGAACUUGCAAGAAAAGAAAUCAAAAUGAUUAA